AGAGCAGCCCAAACCCCACCAUCUGUUGGAUGUCCAGAAGGUGUGUUAUGAUCCCGUUCGCAGAAAUUGCCAAAAGGGGGAAACGGCGGCUUAUCGAUUGAACUGAUAAAGAGAAGCAUUUAAGAGGCCAGAUGUGCGAGGUCAAAACAAAAGAACACGACCGACUUGCACAAGCGAACAGUCACGCGCAUCAAGCACCAGUCCUCGCGCCCUGGACCGCACAUUAACAGGAAUACCGAGACAUGCUGCUCGUCGCUUUCCUCAGCGCGUGCUGGAUCGGCGUCGCAUUGGCCGACUCCGGACCACACCUGGCCAAUGACUGGGGAGAGUCUGUCCGCCUGAGGCACCUGUACGCGGCAAGACCCGGUCUGCACCUGCAGAUCAGCAAAGACGGGAAGAUCGGAGGAUCGCACGUGCAGAGCUCGCACAGUUUGGUGGAGAUCCGCACCGUCGACACAGGCUGCGUGGUUAUUAAAGGUGUCGCGAGCUCACAGUAUCUCUGCAUGGAAGCCAACGGCAAGCUAUAUGGCUCGCACAUCUAUAUAAAGGAGGACUGCUCUUUUCUUGAGCAAAUUAUGCCAGACGGCUACAAUAUCUACUUCUCAGGCAAACACGGGACCCUUGUGAGCUUGGGUGGUGGGAAGAACCGACGUCAAAACUCUCUUGCUCAGUUCCUGCCCUUGCUCAAUACUCUGCCACAGGAGCCUACAGAGUACAACAUGAGAAAAGUGCAUUCGCCAGUUGACCCAGAACAGGAUCUUUACUUAGGCGUACAAGCAGACAGCAUGGAAUCCUUUGGGAAGAUCUCCCAGAUUGUCAUUCAAAGCCCAAGUUUCAACAAAAGAUGAGUAGAGUUCAAAGUUUCCAAAGAUGUGACUCAGUUCAAUCUCUUAUGCAGAGGCAAGAGGCUGAACGGAACCAGUCUGUUCUGAAAGCAGAGCCCAGAUGAACAGACAGAACUUACAGACGUGGGGAAAGAGGAGGAUCAGGUUUCCCAAAGAUCAUUCUUAACCCCUGGUUGCACGGGUGGAUUACACAGAAUACGCUUCAAAGUAGUAGUUCAAUACUACUUCAAAUGUUAGAUCACUCCAAAUGUUGAGGCCCAAAGAAAUGUAUGAGCAGCUUCUUAGUUUUAUUUAUUUCUGAAGAUGAUAUUCACUGUUAUGCCUAGUCUCUGUAUCAUAUAGUGCUUUUUUUCUUUUUCUUUCUUUCUUUUUUUUUUUUUUACUGUGCACUUGUAUCUAAAUUGUAAUCUUUUUAGACUGGAUUUUAUAUUUCUUGUAUUUAUCCUAGGCUGGACUUUAUGAACUACUUUUGUUAGACUCAAACAUGUUUAUUUCUUUUAAAGUCUGGUUUUAUAAUGAAACUUCAACGAUUCUUAUGAGAAAAGAUUGUGAAGAUUUAAAAGAAUGCUAAUCACACACUAUUUGUCGUGGAUAAAAUAACAUGGAAAUAGUUAGGAUCACACAUCUAUAAAAUGUACAGUACAUAUGUGUCUGUCAUAUGAAUCAAUCAAUAAAAACGUAUAAGUGUAAUGCAGGAUGUUGAUGAUUAGUUUUGGAUAAAACGAACCAUAAAUAAAAACGGCACAUAAAAGUAUGUAUGGAUUAAUAAUGAAAUCUAAUAUCUUCCAACAUAUUAUACUACUUACUCAUACACUGGAAACGAAUAUGAUGACAUUCUUUUCAAAUAUCUUGGAGGGAGAACGAAUCACAAGAGUUCACAAUAUGUACAAAUGAUCAUACUAUAGCACAUAAUACUGCAUUAUAAUGUCAAUGUCAGUGAAUCUGCAAACAUUUAUGAAUAUUCUGACCUGUGUGAUAUGAUUUUUUUUAAAGAAAGGGCUACAGUUUGACACAAUUCUACACCAUGGCGCUGUCUGUUUCACAAAAUCUUUAAUGAGUUCGUUCUCAUUUGCCUACUGACAUUUUGUGAUAAGAUGUUGACGCCAAUACUU